GAGAGUUGUAUUGUUCUUUGCCCAACCCUAGGAAUGUCCAUUUUGAAUCUGUAAACAUGAAGAAUGUUCUUCACUGGUCAGCACCAGAAGGCACAGGAGAUGGAGUACGCUACAAGGUGAAGUAUUCAGUAUACGGUAUUGGCAAAUGGAUUCGAAAGCCAGAAUGCAAGAAUAUCAACAGAACGUGGUGUGACCUCUCCAGUGAGACCUCUGACUACGAAGAACAAUACUAUGCAAGCGUUAAAGCCUUCCUAAAUGGGAUGUGCUCUGACUGGAUGGAGACCACACGAUUCAACCCUCUUACAGACACUAAAAUUGAUCCACCCAUGGUAAGUGUAUCUUCCACUGAGAAAUCUAUUUCAAUCAUUCUGACUGCUCCUGAGAAGUGGAAGGGAAGUCCUGAGGAAGAACCCAUAUCUCUGCUUCAAGUGUAUCCUGGCCUGCAAUACAAUGUGUCCGUCCUCAACAAGAAAACAAAGAAGCGGUGGUUCUUCUCCGUCAGCAACACCACCUUGGUUGUGCCCUGGUUAGAAUCUGGAACAGCUUAUUGUGUCAGUGCACAGAUAUAUGUCACCACACCACUUUUGCACAGUGGGUUCUCCAAAGAAUAUUGCAUUUCUACUUUGAAAGAUAAAACGGCAGAUGAGAUGAUAACAAUCGUAUUUGGAUAUGUUCUGCCUAUCAUGCUGGCUGUCCUUUUUAUUUCAAUGAUAUCCUAUUGUGUGCACAGGUAUAUUCAUGUCAGCAAACAGAAACAUCCAACAAACCUGGUAAGUGUUCUUUAUUGCCGGAUGAUGCUGCCAACCUGGGCGCUCACAGCAGAGCUGUGUGUUUUCCGGGGCUCCGAGUCG